GUUGCCAUAGAAAUGUUUAAUCGAAUUCAACUUGUCAAGAAAACAUUUCAACCUAUAUUAAACAUAUCGGCAUAAUCUACUUUAACAUUCAAAAAAUCUACCCAAACAAUAAUUUAAUUACUAAAAUGCCCAUAGUUAUCAAAGACUAUAUCUGGAAACAAACCAAAUCCGAUAUAAUAGUCCAAGUUCCAAUGAAAGGAGUGCAUCAAUCAAAACUUGACGUGUUUAUAUCAUCAAGAUUUGUGAAAGCCACUUACGAAAGAAACUAUUUUGAACUGAUAUUGUUCUCGAAAAUCAUUGCAUCUGACAGUAAAUGUAUAUUAACUCCCACAGAAGUUAUUUUUGAGCUAAAAAAGUCCGAAGAUAUCGAGUGGGAUUACCUGGAACCUAACGUGAGCAAAACAGAGAAGUUGGAAUUAAAGAAACUGUUCUUAGAGGAGUCAUUUAAAGAGAUACAAAAGGCUGACGAGAAAAAAUGCGAGAAAAAACAUGAGUUGAAAAGGCUUGCCGUUAAAAAACAGAUUGAAAUAGAUAGUGAAAAUAGAGACACUAUUGAUAAUAUACGAAGAGAAGAAGAAAAACGUGCAUUGGGUGACUUGGAAGAAUUUAAGAAGAAAGUGUCACAAAAAUUAAAAUCUUGCAAUAAACAAAAUUUAAAACCAAAAGCAAUUGUACCCAUAAAUUUAAAUAAAGCAAAUGAAGAAAUUCCGAAAACUAGAUCUUCGCAAACCUUAACAAUUGACUUCACAUCUCGAGAAUUUCCGACUCCUUGCAGAGAAUCAAAAUUAGAAGAAGAGCAUGAAUACCUAACUAAGCAAGCCGAAGCAAGAAGAAGUGUUGGUUUUGUAAGUGAAGAUAUACGCCCCGAAGAGAGAAAUCCCCAUUUUAUCAAAGCCAAAGGAGACGAAUUUUUGAAAAAUAAGAACUAUUUGGGAGCCAUAAGUGCUUACAGCUACGGAAUAAAGCUGAGCAAGAAUUUCGUAGAUUUCUACAUCUGCCGGUCUGAGGCGCACAUGGGCUUGGGUAAUCUUUGGAGGGCCAUCGAAGAUUGUAGUACCGCAUUGGAUCUGCUUCAGCCGAUUUGCGAGGCCAAUUUGUAUGAGAGAACCAUAUGUAGUGGCCGAAGAGGUGAAGCUUUGUGCAAAUAUGGUAAACGUAGACAAGGAAUUGGAGAACUUAAGCAUAGUUUGAAGCUUAUUGAUUUGGAGUAUUAUAGAGGUAUUUUGGAGGUUGAAGAGAAGCUUUAUGAACAGGAGCUUGAACUUUCAAAACAAGAUCAAAUUGAUAAACAAGUGACAGAGAAAAAAGAAGGAAAUAAAGAAAGUUAAACAAAACAAAUCGUGGUCAGCUCAAAAAGUAUGUAAAAGCAUCGGAAUUGUUAUUUGAGUGAAUAUUUUGUUGUAUUGAUGGUGUUCUUCUAAGCAGCGUCUGGAAUUUGAUUUAUUACCUUUCUAUAUCGGCACGAAAGAACCACAAUGAACAUUUUAUUAUGGAUUUUAACAUUUAAUAUACAAAAAUACGUAAAAUACUACAAUAUCAGUUUAUCCAUAAAUCGUACAUUGACAGAAUUUUGAGAAAGAAAUAUUACGAAUAAAUGAUGCUUCGAUAACGAAUACAAAGUUAAUUGAAACUCUGACAAUUAAAAAAUAAUUGGGUGUCGUGACAACACGCUACUCCAGUAGUUAUCUGUUGGAUAAUUCAAUUUAUAAAUAAUUUCGUUAGGUUUGCUUCUAAUUCAGGACUUGCCGUAAAACCUUUUUAAUGAAUGGACAUCAUAAAAAUUUCAGGACAGUUAAGUUUUGUACUGUUUAAAUUGUAAAUGCAAUUAUUGUACGACAUAUUUGUUAGAAUAUAAGUAGUACUAGACAU